AUGUUCGCUGGUGUGAUGAUGACUGCGAUGAACGAGAGUCUGCAUGGACAGACUUCGCUUCAAGGAUGGCAAUGGGUGUUCAUUAUCAACGGUGCAAUGGGAAUCCCCUUCGGCAUCUUCGGACUCAUGUUCUUCCCCAACUUGCCGGAGUCUACAGAUGCCCCCUAUCUCAGCAAAGAGGAAAUUCAGCUAGCAAUAGGUCGCCUGCCACCGAAGAAAGAUUGGAGCCAUGACAUCAGUCUCAAAUCCCUUGUUAAGAGACUGUUAGCCAAACCGGACAUUUACAUCUUUACUCUCUACUCAGUAGUAGCCUGCGCAUUGGAAGCCAUCGUUCUGCAAGGGCUGUUCUUGCUUUGGAUGAAAGCGAACGCCGAUAAGUUCUCUUCGUAUGCGACUACGACCUACCCGUUAGGUAUACAGGCUGUGUCAAUUGUCUCCAACGUCGGAGCGGGCUACGUUAUCGACAUGACCAAUCGUCGCAUACCGAUGGUUAUACUAGCUGGCGCUCUGCAGCUUCUGGUCUCAGUCCUCUUACUAAUACCCAACCUUUCGACAGCUGGUACGUUCUUCGCGUUCUACCUGGCGGGUACCUCGUACAUCGUUAACCCCAUUCUCUACGGAUGGGCUAGCGUGAUCUCUCAACGCGGUGGCGACGAUGCCUCCCGGUCGAUCACACUUUACAUCAUGAGUAUGGUGCAGUCGGUAUUGUACACUUUCUGGGGCAUUGCACUCUAUCCAGCGAGCGAUGCGCCGUAUUGGAAGAAAGGAUAUAUCGCGAUGAUUGUUGUUGUCUUUGCUUUCUUUGGCGUGACUGCGGCCGUUCAUUGGUUGGAUCAAAGAUCGCAGAAGAUUGAGAGCAAUGCGGCUGAAGAGAUCACACAUAUGAGUGAAAGAAUGAGCGAGAGGAAUAGAAAGGAUCCAAGACUGGAAGAUUGA